CUCCUCACCGCCGACUGCCCGCCUCGCGGCUCAUCCCGCCUUCCGCGCUCCUCGCGGCCGUCUCGCGCCUAACGGCCGCCGCGCGCCUCAGCCCUCCCGCCUCGCGGCCGCCGCGGCACUGCUAUGACUGACUCUUGUGGGUUCCAGCCAAAGAGGCGUUUUGAAACUGAGCUCGGCCUCCUUUAGCCGCAGAAUUGGCAGAUUUGCCCUCAGGGCCUCCCCGUGUGCCCCCGCAGCCAUUACAGUGUUCUGGUGUGGCACUGGGGAGAACAGCCCCAGAGCGCAUCCCAAAAGCGUUAUGGCAAGAGGUUCCUGAGUUCCGACAUACAUGGCUGCCCCCAUGUUUUACUACUCCAAGAUUUUAAAAUGAAUAUCCGAGCAAACCCCACCAACAGAUAACCACGCCCCAGCAAAACAAACACACCUUUGGACACCCGUAAGGCCCGCUCCCGUUCCCACACGCUCGCCUUGCUGUGCUGACUGACGGCGCUGAACAGCCGACCUGCGUGCGAGCGUUGCCGGCUGCAGAUCCGUGCGUGGCAUUUCAGUGUGUCCAGGUGGGGCUGCGAGAGAUGGGGCUGCGGUGGAAUCACGGUGUGCCCGCCGUGGAUGCUGUGCUCUGUGUCAGCGUUUUGCUGCCUUGCUCACGUUGUGAACUCGGUCAGGUCGAAGCCUGUGAGCACGGCUGGAGCGCCUGGCUGAGCACGGACCCUCCUGCACAACUGCAGAAGCACGGAGCCCUCAGAAACAAGCUGUUCUGGCCAGGAACACGUGUAGUUCGUUUGUAAAAAGUCUGAUGCUGCUUAAUCGUUUCUUUAAAGUGAUAGUCAGGUGUAAUAACACAGCUGCUGAGACCAUAAAUAUGGAAUGCAGCUGAAGAAAAUAUAUAGAGAAUGGAAAGUAAUCCUGGAAUCGCAGCAGUACCCAGAAUACAUCCCCCAUAGUGCCGCAGCUCCCACGGAGGUUGUGCCCACACGUUGUGGAAGUGGUGUGCUAUUUUGCAGGGGAUUGUGAAUUGUUUGGCUGUGUUCACGAGUUUUGCACGGUUGCUUGUCUCCCCAUCUUUCAAUUCAUUCAUAUGCAUUAUUUAUAAAGAAACACUAAUACUUUCUUCCAUGGUUUCUCCUGAAAGAAAUCCUAUACGGAAUAUACGUGUGAUAUUCAAUACAAAAAAUGUACAGAAGUGAGUAUGGCACUGUCAUCUUCUGUUGCCCCCAGUUAGUUCUGGUAUAACCCCUCUAGCUUCAAGCAAAACCAGCUUACAACUUGCCUGUCAAGACCAAGGUUUACUUUGCUCAAUGUGUAAUAUCAGGGCAACCCCACGUCAUGAGUACCAGAACGAUUACCCGUAUCAGUCAGCAGCUUAUUUAGCCAGAAGACCUUUGCAUCCUUUUGCUGAUUUGGGACUUUCUGAAGCAAAGACAAAUGUCCUGACCCUUCCGAGUCCAUCUAGGUGUAAGGCCAAACAAGUACUGAAGCACUCAGUAUAAUCAGGUUGGCCCAAUGUAGAUCUACCAGCUGUCAAAAAAAAAGAAUGGAGACUCAACACAAUUCAAAUAAUAUUAGACUAAAUUUUCAAUUUCCUCUUUUUUAAUCUAUAGCUUCGAACACCAGUUAAAAAAAAUCACCUUCUGAUUCAGACUCAGAUACUUCCCCCUUUCUUAUUCCUUUCUUAAAGGAAAUCAGCAUAGUAUCUGUGAGCAGCGACAGAACAGAUGAUGGCAAAGCAAACAGAUGUCAGGUAGCUGAAUCCCACCAGCGAUCAGAUCAUAAGAUCUGUACUGAGUCUGCAUCAUGCGUGGUGCAGUUGGACGUGUUCACAUAAACAUUACUCAGAGUUUGUAAUCAAAGCAGAGCACUUCAUGCAGGAGGCAGCAGGAAGAAUAACUACUGAGUCAAAGGCAGCCAGCUUUAUAGAGCACAGCGCAUUUUUAAGUGCAGUGCUAAUACAGCUUGAUUGAGUCCAUGUGUACCUACACAGGCUUACAUUAGAAACCACUUGAGAUUAAUAUAUUGCUGGGAGAUGAGAUACUCUGGUGAAUCAGGAACUUUGUCAUUUCAUGGACUGAUAAGCCUGGACAAACCAAUAGGGUUUUCCUUCCUCGCUGGCUGUGUUAUAGGGUUUCUUCUCCAAAAGGGAAGCAGUAACAGUGACGUCUCUGUGGGCGUGCACUGAAACAGUGGCAGUCAGGUGGUGGAUCUCUGGACCGUGGGCUUAGGGUGUCUAACUAGAUCACUGCUGAUUCAGAGCAGACAAUUCUUCAACGUAAAAAGAGUUCCUAUAUUCUAGAGGAUGGUCAAGCGAGUAUGGUUCAGUGUCUGAGCAUGUUUAGAGACUGUAACCUUUGGGCUUUGUGACCCAUUGCUAUAUUACUCACUGCUGUUCCACCCACAGGCUUGGCAAUGAACAUUACACCUUCAUAAAUACUGUUUGCACACUAUCAACUCGAUAAAAACCAGAAUGUAUUUGUACAGAGCUCUUACUUACUUUUCAUAGCACAAAGCAGCUGCUUCCACUUCCUUUUCCUUACUCUUUGUGCUCCAUCUGACGGAGGAAGAAAGAAGUCGUACUGAUAAAAACUGGCUCCACAGAAGACAGCGAAUUCCGCCUUUAAAGGUUUAAUACAGAAACCACGGCACAAAUGGGCCUCCAGAUCACCAAGCACUCCAAAGUAAAACAAGCUAAUAUACUGAUGUUAGGACUUGAUUCUGCAGGGAAAUCUACUCUGUUGUACAAGUUCAAGUCUGAUGAAGUUUUUCUAACAAUUCCAACAAUCGGCUUUAAUGUCGAUAUGAUCGAAACUGGGAAAGAUUUUACACUGACUUUUUGGGAUGUUGGAGGACAAGAGAAAAUGAGGCAGCGUUGGUGCAAUUUCCUGGAAAAUGCAGAAGCACUCCUGUAUGUUGUGGACAGCGCUGAUAAGCAACGCUUAGAGGAAUCAAAGAAAGAAUUUGAACUCCUUUUAAAGAAUGAAUCUAUAAAAAACGUACCGGUCAUCGUGCUAGCAAACAAGCAGGAUUUGCCCGGAGCUUUAAAUGCUGAAGAAAUAACCAGGAGAUUCCACGUGAAGAAGUACUGCUGUGACAGAAAUUGGUACGUACAGCCCUGCUGUGCUGUCACGGGAGAAGGUUUGUCAGAAGCCCUCCAAAGACUGACUGCAUUUGCAAAACACUACAGCAGAUCAAAGGAGAUCUCUACGAGUUUUAAGGAAAAUGAAAAACGUUAAGAAUUUCUAUCGUCAGAUUUUGGUGAAUAUGACUCAAAAUAUUUUGUCAGACAGACGAAAAUAUUGGAUUCUGGAGAACUCUUAUAAGUAAAUAAGUAUUUAUAAAGCAUUUGAGAAUUUUAAAUUAUAUUCUCAUACCUCCGGAUGCUUCUGAGAUACCGCUGCACUUCACUUUCUUAGAGGCACCAUACUUGGGCUUAUUCAGCUCAGAAGUGUGUGUUGAAUGGUAAAAAAGGCAGAGCUGACCGCUUGAAUUUCUGCAGAUGGAAAGAAAAUAGGUGAGCAGUGCUUAAAAUGUUUGUGCCAAGUAUUUUGUCAGAAGGCAACAGAGCCAAGCAGUUCGUUCAGCAAGAAAAGCAAGAGAUAACAUGUUGUUUCAUUAGAAGUACUUUGUGGAUGUAUUUGCUGUAUACAGCUGUUUUAAGCUUAAAGUCUUAGUUAUGUACAAAAAAAGAAAUGUAACAUUAUUAAGUAUUUGUUUGGAUAUUACUGCAGCAUCUGCUCCUGCCAAGCCACGGAUAAAUCUGAGAUCCACCGCUGCUUGUAAGGUGUAGGUCUGAUGUCACACUGUUACCCACCUUCAUGUAUCCCUCUGUCCCUCUGCUGUUGGUUUGGGGCUGCUGGUCAGCUCUUAGAAAUCGGGAUGGAUCCUGGCCUGCCUGUACCAAAGCCACCUUAGAUUUUGUUACUGAGUAAUUUAGUUCUGAUUAAAUUUGACAGAAAUGCAACAAAGUGCUAAUCCUAUUACUACAGUUUGGGGAUUAAAAAAAUAAAAUUGAAUGAAAUUUCUGUUGAGAUUUCCUGAUUCAUGAAGGAGUGAAUUAGUAUUCUGAAUGCUAUUAAAGCAAUGAUGGAUUGUUAACUAGAAGACUAAUUGAACUGUAUCAACCGUGAAAACAGUUUAAAUGCUAAGAUGGAAAAGUUAAUAGAGCCUGUUCUUGCAGAAGGAAGGGAAAAGAGACAAUCUGCUUAUUGGUUAUACAGUCCCAGAAUGUCCAACCCAUUUAUUUCUGCCUUCUUGAGCCAUGUCUGCAGAGGUAGGAUGCUCUGGGGCUUAGGAUGCUUGCUUAUACACUUGGAUUUCUUCUCCCCUGCAUCUAUCAUAAUCCCAUGGGCAAGUCCUUCAGUCACUUCUGUGCCUCAGCAGUGCAUUGGCAAAAUGAUCUCUGAAAAGCUGUGGCAAAAGUCAGCGUUUGUGCUUCGUCUGCAAGAAGUUUGCAUUUCAUUCUUACUAAUUAAUGGGCAGGAAUUUCAAGUUACAGAAGGGUGAAGAAGUAAGUAAAGUACCCAGCUGUACCCUAUUGUCUCAUGCAUGUAUUAUUCAAAGACAAGAAGUCAUCAGGUGAAUUCAGUGCAAUAGUGAACAAAGGAAGCUUUCUCAGCAGAAGCUGUUAUUAAUACUGACAGUAAUUACCGUGGGCUAAAUCCUGAGUCAUGUUGAGCCUACAUUUCCAAAAGCAGAGCAAGUUUGUAGACUCGUCAUUGCCUGGGCUGUUCAUUUAGAGUCAGUGUAAAAUACCUUCUAGCACAGGAAAUAUUUCUGAUAAAUGUGCAACCAUGGAAAUGUUAUUUUUCUAAACUCAAUAAUUCAAUGUUAAAAAUGUAACAUUUCAGGUCAAUACAUUUAUCAACAUUUG